CACAUUGUCAGGGCAUUAGCCAAUAACUACAGAAAGAAAACAAUGAGUGAACCAACAAGCCAGACAGCAACACUACGUUAUGACAAUGAAGAAGACAUUGUACCUGGACAAAAUCAGAUCAUAGAUUUAAGUCACACAUUUGGUCAAAAUGAAUGCCAAGAGAGUGAAGGCAAAGCAGAGGAUCAUCUCCGUGAGUUGUAUAAAAACUGUACAAAGAAUCCAGGUCAUCCUCAAUUUAUUCGUAUUAAGGAGUUAAAGAUGGAACAUCUCCCAGAAGCUCAUCGAAACUCUGAUUUGUUUGCAUUAAUUAAAGCAGUCGCAGACCUCACGGUUCGAAUAAGUGUGGACAUGGUCAGUCCAAACAGACCCAAGUAUUGGCCAAACACCACAGUCCACUAUCCGUUCUACGGCCAAGGAGGAACUACAAAACGAAGAACAGGAACUGGAGAGAUUCACGUCUGGAUGUACGAUGAGGGGUGUGGCUACAACUGUACUGGUCAGAGAUAUAAUCCAGUGACAGGGGGCUCAUUUGAUGUCAACUACACCACUUGUCCGUGUGAAACCUGUCAACAUUCCGACACCCCUAGCAGUGUGUGGUGGAUGGUUCACAUCCACACAGCGGCUCAUGUUGUUUACGAUGAGAUUGAGGCCUCCUACACGUCAUGUAGAUUCUUUUUCGACGAUGAAGAUAGGGGCGGGGAGAAGUUUAUUAUCGACAAGGUCAGCGUCUUCAAAGUACAUUUUGAGAGGGACAGGUGUGUCUUGAAGUUUGUCACGUGUGACGAGAGGCUGGGGGAAAGACUGUACCAGAUUGCUGGAGAGAAGACCGUCUUGGAGACCAAGGUGUACAAGAAAUAUAAGACAGUGAGCAGCGACAAAUUGACCUUCAUUGUGUCUCAUCCUCACGGAUGUUCGAAACAGGUCAGUGUUGGCAAGUGGGUGAAGCAUUACGUUCAAAAGAUGAAUGAAUAUGAUAGAGAAAUUGAUUUGACCAAGUUUAGUUAUACAACCUGUACAUGCCCAGGGAGUAGUGGGGCCUCUAUUUACUGUGUGGGCCUGGCUACGACUCACGUUCACAAUGGAGGGAUGGAGAAUGGACUUAAUUACAGUAGUGUUGACUUGUUCCACAGAGUGUAGUGUCCACUUGUUCAACAGAGAUUAGUGUCCCCUGUCACAUCGGAUGAGAGUAGUGUCCCCUGUCACAUUGGAUGUAGCAUUGGAGAAGUAUCCAUCGUGGGCUAUCACUGAACAUGACGAGAUGAAAUGUAUAUAUAGUUUUGAUAAUUUUUUUAACCUCUUUAUCUUUCCCUGUAUUUUUAUAAUCAUAUAAACACACAAAAUAUUUUUAAAAAUUAGCUCUAGAUUUAGGUUAUGUUAUAUGUAGUUUCAUCAGUGGAAGAAACUGUUUAAAAGUCUUUGAAGAACUUAUUAAAUUUCGUUAUAGGAGAUUUUCAAUAUAUGGCAAAAAACAAAACUGUAAGCGGGAAGCCUUUUGGUGUAUACAGAGUACAAAAUAAACGAAGUCUUGAGAACUAUGUUUUCUUAUUCAAUCUAUGUGGUGUCUAGAUGAUGCUUUAUACCAGUGGGUCUUCAACGUGACCGCUACUAGGGGGGGGGGGGGCGAGGGGCAUACAAGGAGCACGUAGAGAGUCAAGAAGAAACUCGAGGUGCACUCCAAUAAAACAAAUAACAAAUGAUUUCAUAAUUAACGCUGGCAAAAAAAAUAUAUAGACAAAUUAGAGUUAGCUUGCUUCUAAUUUAAGAACAGAAACAAAGUUAUAAAUUGAGUUCGGAAAUCCCUUUUUUUCUGUUUAAAUUUUUACUCUGUUGCCGUAAUCGGAGUGUAUCUAUUGUCUUAAGUUCUUGCGCGCGUCAACAUGUAUGAUUUGAUUAACAAACUAGGUAAUACGCUUUUUUAGAUUAUAGAUUAUUUUAUCUACUUUUGUUAAUAUAUUAAUAUGUUAAUGCUAAUUUUUAAAAAAAUAGAAUGCUAAAGCUUACCUUUAAAUACAAUAAUUUAACUUUAAAAAAAAAUUAAAACAUUGACAAAAGUCGGUCGUGAGAAAAACUCUCUAGUAAUGUAUAUAUCGGUCUUUCCCAACGUUUUAUUGAAUUGCCACCAGAUUAAAAGUAUUCGAAUGUUCUACUUUAGAUGACAACAUUCUCAAAUGAGCGUAUAAAACUAAGUCUGUUUCAAGAACAUGUAGCAAUAUCCGAAAAGUAAUUGAAGAAUAUUCAUAAACAAUUAAAAAAACUUUCUAUUAUUCAAACAAUAUUUCUAAAAAGGCAAAACAGAAUGUUUUAGUGGCCUCUUAACAAUCGAGUCUGUGACAAGUCAAAAACUCGCUGUCAGAGUCACUCAAAUUUAUCACAGCAUUAAUUAUUAUUUUUCACUAUUUAUUUAUUUUAUUUUAAUUAUUUGUCCAUCCUACCCCUAAAUCAUUCACCCGCCACACCUUUUCCGCUCCAGGCUAGACUUAGUUGACCACCUUGGAGAUAGCUAAGGCGCGUCCUUUCAUUUAUCUGCCCUUGAUCGGGGAAAGGUAGACACACAAUCUCUUUUGUCUUCCCGCCGGAUGUCUGAAGGACGGUCGCAGUGGACACCACCUUGUGUGGGAUGCAAGUCGCUCCCCCCCCCCUUUCCCACUUCUCUCUUUGAUCUAGGAGACCACAAAGGACAAACACGCCCAUUGACCUUCCAAAUGUGCGACUCCCAUCUCAAGUCUAAUUCACCCACUUGUAAGAUAAUUCUUAGCCUAGGACAUUUCCUGUUCCCGCCCACAUUUUCCAGGCAUAUAUAAAGUAGAUCCAAAUCAAAUCAGACCAUCUUAUUUCUCAUUGUCGUUGAGCUAUUGAGUCUGGACUACUUCAUACAUUCUUUCUCCUAGAGGAAUACCUGGUGGUAAGCCGAACUUAAUCACAAGUUCCAUCUUAAUUACUCUGUGUAUAUUUCCAUUGGAUUUUAUCAUGUGUAUUUUGCCUAGUUCAUUUAUAUUUAAUUAGUGCAUUGUGUAUUUCUCACUGGCGUAAGUAGAAAAUAUAAACAUGUCCUAUGUAUUUAUUUAUGUAUUGCAUUAAUCUAUUAAUGCUACGUUGCUCAAUUGAUCGUUGAUGCAGCCAUGUAUAUAUUUGUACAUCUUAGUCUAUUUCCUUUAUCUUGGCUGACAACCGUGAUAAUUUUACUAGCGCACUAAUACUGCGUCUAGAAAAGAGAUACGAGUUAUCUCCCAUGUAGUGAAGUGUCUCCCCUGUACUCAUUUUACUCUAAGGAGAGUUGCGCCGCUUGAAGGGACACCCUCUCCAUUCAAGCACGCUUCAUUGUUCUCGACCCACGGUCAUAUGUAAACAAACCAUCUAGGUCGCUGACCACCGCCCAUUCCCCCCCCUUCUUUCUCUAUCCACCUGUGUUGUUUAUUUGAGAUUAUUAUUUCCCCUUCUAUGUACAUUUUUAUAUUAUUAUUUCCCCUUUUAUGUACAUUUCUAUAUUGCUACUAUCUGCCAUCUAUUUUCCCAAAUCCCAUUUGUCAUCAUCUCCUCAUUGUGCUCUAAAGCAAUUUCACCAAUCUGACGAAUGCACCUCAGUCGAGGGCAUCGAUAAGAUGCAUGAGAGACAUGUCCUAACUUGUCUUUAUUUAUCCGCAGCCUCCCUCAGGUGUCUGCCUAUUUAUUUGCUAUUUGCUGUUCAGUGUCUACUCGACGCCACUCAACUACUGCCUAUGUGCUUAGUGCUAUUCAGCGCUGCACUUGCCUACUGAGAUCUACUCAACUCUACUACUUUGCGCUAUCGGCAUUGCCCGCCUAUUCGACAGCCCACCUGUCAAGCUAUUAGGUGCGACGUCCCUAUAGAUUCUGAUCUGUGUGAGACGUCAUAGCUACGCCAACCCUCUGCAACUCACUGGACAUAUCCUGUCAACUACGCUGCCCACGGCAGAUCCGCUCUGCCCGCAGUAACCUUGUGCCCACGGUAGCCGGCCACCCGCCCUACUGUGCCCACUACAGAUAUUAGAUUUUGGGGAUUGAGACUCCACAAGAACUAUAACACCGGCGUCCCUCUAUCCGCUAGAGCGCCAAAUCCAGCUGCAGAACCUCAAGCCAGGACACAGCCAGCUGCGACAUCAACAGGAAUACCAGCUAAGUCAGAGGACAAAGUGACAUACUCUCUUAUUAGGUGCAAGAGUGAUGAUUAAACAUAUUAUUCACUAGAGAUAGAUGCAAACCCUCCCCCUUUUUAUUCUUAUAUGUAUAUUUAUGUAAAUAAAUAUUCUUCAUUUUUAACUUUUGUAUCUAUCUUUCAUUGCUUGUCUAGUUGCGUGUCUGCUCCCGAUACAUAUGCUGAUAGGUUGGGGUGUGAUAGCUUUAAAAAUAAUCAUCCCCUAGACAUAAAACGCGCCAAACACACGUCACAUUUCCCCACCUGUCACAGAGUCAAAAAAACAAAACCAAAAAAAAAACAAAUUAAGUCUUAUAAUGUUGUUUGAAAUGUAUUUAAAUUAAAAUUCCAAUAGUUCAAAACUUAUCAGUGACACAAAAAGACUUAAUCUUUUUGGUUAGUGAUGAACUAUUAUUUCAACACUAUACAAUAUAGUAGUUUAUUGCGACACAUGGAACACUAUCAGUGGUUGGACGCUACAAAGGCUUCAUAAGUAAUAUAGAUCAAGAUAAUCCAAAUCUAUCCAUUAUUCACUUUGUGAGUUGUAAUACACAGGCAACAGCUUGUUAAAAUUUAAGCCUACAAUUUCAUUCCUAUUAGAAUCUAAUUAUAAAAAAUUAUAAAUUAAAUACAAACCCGUGCCUAUAAUAACAACAGUUGUGAGGAACAAAUGAUAUGCCACAUGUUAAACUCUUAGUGUACUCUGUGCUACACUGCUAUCAAAAAGAUAUCAUCCCGUGUGCUGUGUCCUCAAAGAUGUCCAAUAAAAUCCAGAAGCUUCUUGUUUCUGCUGCUUUGGUGGUAGCAGUAGUUUGCGUCGUGUCAGAAAGGUAUUUUGAUGUUGUACAAAAACUAGCCGAAGAACUUUAUGAGAAUGCACCCAAACAUUGACAAUGCUGUUUACGUCAAAAGAAACCAGUCCAAGUUUGAAAAAACAAAACUGUCCUGACAUCUGAAUUAUAUAUUAUAUUGGAUCUUUGUCAAUGAAACAAUAAAAUGUCACUACAGCGA